AUGCAAUUCACUCCCGACACUCGAAAUGUGGGAGGGCGAUAAUUAAUAUUAUCCCAAUUGUGGGGUCAUAGAUUAUGCCUUUAAUAGAUUAAAGAAAGGCAUUUAAAUACAGAGAUUAAAUGUUCAUUUCUAAAGAAGAAUGAAAAUUCAAAACUUCCCAUUUCUACAAGAAUAAAUGAUUUCAACAUGGUGAUUCAUAGAAAAAAAUUGUAAAACAUUAAGUAAUGUUUAACAGAUAGAAGUAAUAAAGAGCCUUCUUAUUUUUUCAGAAGAUUGCCUUCUCCUUAAAGUCUAAAUUCAAAUUCAAUCUUUAAUAAACUAACUAUGAUAAAAUCAAAAUCUACAUAAGAUAAACUGUAAAAUGGAAAAAUAAUGCCUCCUCCAAAAAUAGAUAUCGAAAAAUUUAUACCGUAGAAUACCAAAACUUAAAUUAGUUGGAUUAAUUUAAUUAAUAGUUUACACGGUCCUCAAUAUCCGCUUAAAAGGUGGAUAAAAGAGUUGGCCAUUGAAAAUAGGAUAUUUGAUGAAAAUGAUUUUGCAAUUUUAAUCAGAAUUCUAGUCAAAGCAUAUUAAAUUAAGUAAACAACAUUAGUCAGUUUAGUGGCAGAAAUUAUAGAAGAACUUGAAAAAUGAGGAUAUUUAAAAU